AUGGGGACUGGGCCCUGCUGGCACCCGCUCGCCCACCUGCGAGCAGCGGCCUCGUGUGAAAGGCUGCAGAGGGGCUGGGGCCGAGCCCAGCCCUGCCAGCACCGCAGCCGCCUGCGGGGCUCUGCGCGCCGCGCACAGGCCGCGGGACGGCGGCCGCGAAGUGCCGGGACCUCAACGUCCCCUUGGCUGCCCCAGGAGAGGAUCUCGCAGUGGCACGACCAGAGCAGCCGCUACUCCACCGAGCUGCGGGACUUCAAGAACCAGGUGCUGGGGAUGCUUGAGACGGCGGAGAAGGAGCGGGAGGCGAUGAGGUCGGAGGCAGAAAGCGCAGCGGUGCGCGUGGACCGGCUGGAGCGUGAGGUGGACUACCUGGAGACGCAGAACCCCGCACCGCCCUGCGUGGAGGUGGAUGAAACGCUGAUGGAGAAGCAGGUGGCCACAGCCAAGCAGAGGAAGAAUGAGAAAUACACCAAGCUGACAGACUGCAGCGACACCAUCGCCAGCGUCAGAGCCAUGAAGAUCCUGAAACGUUUCGGCAGCACCUCGGGGCUCUGGACCAAGGAUGCGGCCGGGAACUCCGAGAAGAUCUACGUCUUCGACGGCACUGCCAAUGACACGGUGUACGUCUUCCCCCGCAUGCGGGAGUUCACCCUCUUCUCUGCCACCCGCAAGGCUGCCCGCAUCAAGCUGCCCUACCCCUGGGUGGGCACUGGGCACCUCGUCUACGACGGGCACCUCUACUACAUCCGCCAGCAGGGCCCCUUCCAGGUGAUCAAGUUCAACCUGGCCAACAAGACGGUGGUGGACAGCUCGGUGUUCCCGGCCGAGGAGCAGAUCCCCGUCUUCGGGCUCUCCCCCUUCACCUACAUCGAGGUGGCGGCGGAUGAGGAGGGGCUCUGGGCCAUCUACGCCACCAAGGAGGAUGAGAAGAACAUCCAGUUGGCCAAGCUGGACCCCACCUCUCUGGACAUCGAGCAGAUGUGGGACACGCCGUGCCCGCGAGAGAACGCCGAGGGCGCCUUCGUGGUGUGCGGGGCGCUGCACGUGGUCUACAACACCCGCCUGCCCAGCCGCGCCCGCGUGCAGUGCGUCUUCGACGUCAGCGGCACGCUGGCCCCCGAGGACGCCUCCCUCGUCUACUUCCCCAAGCGCUAUGGCUCCCACUCCAGCAUGAAGUACAGCCCCCGGGAGAGGCAGAUCUACGCCUGGGACGACGGCUACCAGAUCAUCUACCGCAUGGAGAUGAAGAAGAAGCUGGAGGUCUGAGGGGCCCCCUCGGGGCACGGCCAGCGCCGGCGCGGGACGGCGUCUCUGCCCCAUCUCCCAUCACUGUGAAAUGAUGAAAUGCUGGACCCCCGCCCCGGCCACCCUUCACCCACCCGCACCAAGUGUCCCUGCCUGGGACCACCCUUCAGAAACCUGGACUAAUUUAAUGAGAUUUUCUUCUCUGUGAUAUAAUGAAUAAAUACCAUGCAGCGA